UAUCGAAUAUCAAAUCGUCAGGAUAUCCUGGCUAUUGCACAUGCAUACGGGUUGACGCGAGCCCUCUGCCAAGUAAAUCUGGUGCUUGGGAUACACUGCCGUUACUGUAGUCGUAGAGUCUUGUUUGGGUCGUUGCAUUUGACAACUAGAUUUGACUGGAAUUGUGGCGUACGAUUUGUAUUGCUAUUUGUUCACCUACAAAUGUUUUCCGAUGAAGAGUCUGUAUCGAGUUGUUUCAGCCACUCAGACAGCGCAGACGAGCCACUCAGUGACAACGACUAUGCAUACGGUGAAGGAAAAUUAAAAGACACACUAUCGCCCCUACAUUUAUCUGACGAAGAACCACCACCUAAACGAGCGAAGUUUUUAGAAACUAAUGGAAUUUCAGUUCCAACCCUAUUAAGCCUGUCAGUGCAGUGCAUCGCCGCUCAUCUUCCCUUUGAAGUCGUCGAACGUUUUCAUUACUGGGUGAAGCCGGUGCCUUCAAGCUUGCAGCUGGCCAUCAUGAAGAACGCAUUUCCUCGCGACGAAACGUGCGUCUACACGUCUGUCUUCCUGUCGCACAGGGAAAGCUCGUUCGAACGGUGUUGUGAAGAGGUCGAGAGCCAAGCUAACGACGACAGCCUCGUGGUCAGGGACGCCAUUCAGACUGGAUUUACAGUAACGGCGUCGAUAUUUCAUCGACGGGUAGUUAAGCGGGAGAAACUUAAGAAGGCGUUAGUUGUUCUUCAUUUUGACCGCCAGCGCAUUAUCUUGGCCACGUGCUCUGUUCAUCGUCGACGUCGUCUGUGGUGCUGUCACGUUGUGCGGAUCGUCUUUGCGAGGAUGCGGCGUCCGUGGAUGUUUCGGUAUCGAUUGCCGAUGUCUUAUUGCCUCGAGCAGCUCGAUUUGCCACAGCACAAGCAGCUGAUACACAGGAUGCUGUCGGACCAACCGCUUGAGUUUCUGUCUAAAGCUCAGAAGAUUCUCGACAAUCUCGUUGAGGAAGACAGACCGUUUCUAUCGUCUAACACUAUUCCGGACUCUACUGCCGGUGCGGGUAUUACGGAGGAAGGAGUGUGGCAUGUCGAUGAGACGUCGCUUAGAAGGGUCGUGAAAGAUUACGCAGGACUCCGUGGACUGUCGGUUAUCGGUCGAAUGUGCGCUCUCCACGACAUCAGGUUGAUAUCACCUUCUUUGAGUGAGUGGGGUGGAAAGCUGGCGUCACUGCCAGACAAGGGACGAGCUAUAGAGCACGAUGAGAUUGGAGAAACGUGCUGGAGCUGGAUGUCCGAAGUGGACAUACAUUUUCAGAUGGUUCGUCGAUUGCUGAGAAAAGGAGAGGAGCUAGCUGUCAGAGUUCUCUCUGUGUUCACGCAACAGUGGUUGUAUAUGCUCGAAUCGAUGGUGACGAAGCAGACGGACGGUGUGACAGUUGUCAACAGCAACUACGCACGCAACAUAUCGCUGUUUACCUGCACACUUCAGACAUGCUUUGCGUGUCGCCUGAUAUCCUACUGGCGCCUGGCAGCCAUGAAUCCUCACUACAGUACGGACAUCAUCAACAGGAUGAGGAAGAAGCACAAACAUUGGGCAUCCCGACUCGACCGCAUUGUGGCUGCUGGCACACAAGACUGUCGUUCACAGGGAUCCGUUUGCAUACAAAAACGAGCUCAAGUUCACGUCAUUCGCAGCUUUGAAGGCUGGAACGGAUUUCGACACAUUUACGCGUGGACCUCGACUACAACAAAAGGUGGUAUUGAUGACAUCAUUAAGUCGGGUUCCUCAUCCAAGUUUUGGUGUCAAAUUUCUAACACUGAUGAUACGGAUGCGGGGAAAAAGCUGGCGACAGUGGCUUGCAUUGUGCGCGGCUUCAAGUUUUAUGGCUAUGCUGAGCAAUCGCUGGACCUGGCACUGCAGGCUUUUCAGUCUGUGUUUUCUCUCAAUUUGGUGCAUCCUGGUACCAAGCGUAGAUCAAAGCGAGUUAAACGGAGAAACGCGUUGGCUGAUAUUACGGAUCAAAUGUGGGGGAUGUCGAGCAUUUCUCUCAGCUGGUCGCUUGGAGUCAUUUUGGAAGAGAUGUGUAUGCAGGAUGAUGCGUGGAAGAGGUUUCCCGAUGUGAGCAAUGUGAUUGCUUUGAGGUCGUUGGAUCAGCCUGCAGCCACAAGUCAAGGGACGAUUGUCUUUCCGCUGCCUCUCUAUCUCUGUGUGUAUUUCUGCACGGUGUGCGAUGAACAUGUGGAUCAUUUCUAUGCCUCGGCAACGGCGGUGUCCAGUGCGAACGAAAUUAUCGACUGCAUUCUCCAUCAAUCCGAAGACAUCGCCGGUCUCGUCAAGCAUCUCUGCGAAGCCGGUCACUUUCUCUCAACGAGCAUUCCAUCCAAAAACUUCAAUUUUGCUCGCUACAGUCGCAUGCUCCUGCAAGCCUCCCUACACGAUCUCACCACCAGCCCUUCACUACAAAACAUGCUGACAACCGGAAUCACCCAACAAGCCACAGCCGUUGCCACACACAUCAGUGGGCAAGGAUCCGACAACGAGUUCUAUUACGUUGUGACACAAUUCGGCUCUCUACUCUACGAGCUGUUGAAUCAUUGCAAAGAGAACGAGGCAUUCGCUGCAUCGAUAAUAAGACAAGCAUUGGAACCGAUCAAAAAUUGCAUCUGCGAACACACAGAAAAUUUCAAUUCCAUCUUGGUGGCAUCGACUGUUGCAGCUUCUCUUGGAGAUCAAACUGUGUUGUACAGGAGGCUGGUCGACUUUUUGAUGGACGUUAUGGAUGUUGCUAGUUUGGCUUGUGGAUUUGCUGGGCAAUGUAAGCGUUGGCUGAAGAGUCGAUGGGAACACUUGAACUUGGGCUUGACUCGGUUUGAUGACGCAUUGAGGACAUCGAGGCUGGUGUAUGAUGUGCACAGCACUCUCAAGUAUGGAGUAUUAUUGCAUAUCAAGUUGCUCUCUCUGACUAAAACGUUGGAAUAUGUACGACACCAACAGCUGAGUAUAAUGCCCAAGCUGUUGAGGUCGAUUGGAACUGGAGCAGUAGUCAAGAUGUUGUGGUCUGCUGGAUGGGAGGAAUGCCUUUCACCGUUAGAGUUGUUGUAUCACGUCGUGCUUCUCGACGACUUUGUUUCAUCUUGCCAGAAGCCAUUGUUUGUACCAUUCUCUCAGUCAAUGGCUCAAGCUCUCUGUUCACUGUUGACUGAAGCUGCCUGUGCGAUAAUGUGCCCGGUUGUCAAUCAACUAUUUUUCGAUGUCAUCGAGAAACUAGGUUAUGGCAUUAAGCAUAGACUUGUGAAAGCCAAUGCUUCACUUUGCGAACGCCGUGUACCUGAAGUGCCAUACUAUUAUCUAUUCCACAUGGCAAGGUCACAAUAUGCGACACUGCAGGAGUGUCUAGGCUUGGCGGUGGCUGCGUAUCAACGGUUGUGGGCUUAUUGUCUUGCUGGUUGCAAUCUUACAGAUCUGCUGUCAGACCAACGUCUGGACUCUUCUCUAUUGUCAGAUAUUCACAACCUUGCUUCCCUUUCCUUUUCGUGUGGAAAACUAGUUCAGUCUGCAAAGUCUAUUGUUGAUCCUGUUUUGCAACUCGUGAUGGAUGCUUGGGUUGACCCAUUCAUUACAUUCAAUGUUCUGGCUGAGAUUGCUCGAGUUCAUGAUCUCCCUGACCAAUAUCUUGCCGACAAUUGUAGUAUUACUUCUCCGGGAUGUUGGAAUGAACCCGUCGACUGUCUACAGAGUCUAAUGAAGGAAAUUCCUCAAUGUUCGGAAGUUUUGGAAAGAUGCAAGAGAGAGUUUAUUUCCCUACUAACCGGCGAUCGGUCGGUGCACAACCUAAUGGCUUCAGACGAUAUAAACAAAGAAAUAUUCCGGGAGCAGCCCAUGCCAAGUGAUAUGAUAUGUCUCGACAUCAUCCUCCAGAUUUCUACCGAUCCAGACUUUUCAAUUCCCAACAUAUUGGAACUGUGCAAGAAGGCCUGGCUUGAGCACGGUAGCGACUUAGUGGAUGAAUACAAAAAGAGAAAGGAACAUCCUGAUUAUAAUGAGAUCACAAGAUUAAAGAGGGAUGCGAGACACUUUUAUUACCGGAGGAUAUUGCAAGUCGAUUUUCUUCAAUCGUGGCAGCUGCCCGUUGCUGACGUCCUUUCCUCUCAAGAUUCUCAUCAUUGACAAGGGUGUAGUGCUUAGCUAGAAUUAUGUUUGAAGACAGGUUUUCUUACGUGUAGAGUGGUAGGAACAGAUACUUUUUGUAGCAGUAAAAACCUUACGAAUUGAAGGCAUUCUGUAUUUUGACUACAUCAUGGUGUCUACAUUGCAUCAUUGAUAUAUAUCCAACCAUAUAAAUAUAGAUAAAAAUAUGAUUA